UGGAAGGAGACAGGUAGAGCCACUGUCCUUUCGGAGAGGAGGCAGGUGCUUCUCAGGUUCAAUGGCUUCGAGCAGGAGAGUGAUAUCCACGUCCUUCAUCAGGGUCAUAGUAUGCCUCUGCUUCUUCAGAUUAUCCCAAGGGAAAGGCGCGGCCAAGCAGCCAUUCACGCUGAAAAAUCUUCCUUCUUUGGAGAAAGCAAGCAGUUUCCCCACAACGCGCCACGCGACGUACGACUACAUUGUCAUCGGCGGGGGCACCGCCGGCUGUCCCCUGGCAGCGACAUUGUCGCUCAAGUACAAGGUGCUGCUGCUGGAGAGAGGUGGAUCACCUUAUGGCAACCGCAACGUCUCCUAUAUGGAGAACUUCCACAUUGGCCUGAGCAAUAUGGCGCCGGACUCAGCAUCUCAGGCCUUCGUCUCCACCGAUGGAGUCAUCAAUGCCCGGGCAAGGGUGCUGGGCGGUGGUACCUGCAUCAAUGCCGGUUUCUACAGCAGGGCCAGCUCAAGCUUCGUCCAGGAUGUUGGCUGGGAUGCAGACCUGGUGAAUGAGUCCUACCCUUGGGUAGAGGAUAAGGUUGUCCACUGGCCUAAGAUCGCGCCUUGGCAGGCUGCACUACGGGAUGGGCUUGUUCAAGCAGGUGUAUCCCCUUUCAAUGGGUACACCUACGACCAUGUUUCUGGGACCAAGGUUGGUGGCACCAUCUUUGACGAGAAUGGCCACCGCCACACAGCAGCUGACUUACUUGCAGCUGGAGAUCCUAACAACCUGAGGGUGCUACUUCAUGCUAGUGUGCACAAGAUAGUGUUUAACUCGCAACAAGGACGACUGAAACCAAGGGCUAUCGGGGUACAAUUUGCCGAUGAGGAUGGGAGACUCCACCAGGCACUCCUCAACAACAACAGAGAGAGUGAAAUCAUUGUUUCUUCUGGGGCAAUCGGCAGCCCCCAGCUGCUAUUACUUAGUGGCAUUGGGCCCAAGAAUGAUCUUAAGAAUCAUAACAUUCCUGUAAUUCUCCACAACAAGUAUGUGGGAAAACGGAUGGCUGACAACCCCAUGAACUCCAUCUUCAUACCUACAAAAAGCCCCCCUCGGCAGUCACUGAUUGAGACUGUUGGAAUAACUGGAGCCGGUGUGUUCAUCGAGGCCAGCAGUGGUUUUGGUCAGUCAUCAGAUAGCAUCCACUGCCACCACGGAAUCAUGUCUGCUGAGAUUGGACAGCUGUCCACAGUUCCUCCCAAACAAAGAAGCCUGGAACUAGCCAAGAAGUAUGCACAGGACAAACUUAAUCUACCCAAAGAGGUAUUCCAAGGUGGUUUUAUCCUUGAGAAGAUUGAUGGUCCACUAUCUACAGGCCAUCUUGUCCUCAUAGACACUGAUGUCAGGAACAACCCAGCAGUUACUUUCAACUAUUUCAGCCAUCCACAGGAUCUCAGUCGUUGUGUCUAUGGUAUCAAGACCAUUGAAAAAAUAUUGAAGACAAACCGCUUUGCUAAAUUGACUCCUGAUGCUGCUGGAUAUGAAAUGGAAAGGAUGCUCAACAUGAGUGUGCGGGCUAAUGUAAAUCUGAUACCCAAGCAUACGAAUACCACAGAAUCCCUGGAGCAAUUUUGCAAGGACACAGUAAUCACUAUCUGGCAUUAUCAUGGUGGAUGCAAUGUAGGAAAGGUGGUUGACCAGCAACACCGAGUGCUUGGAGUCUCAGGUCUCCGUGUUAUUGAUGGCUCAACAUUUUCUAGAUCACCAGGGACCAAUCCUCAAGCCACGGUCAUGAUGAUGGGCAGAUACUUUGGAGUGAAGAUCUUAAGGGGACGACUAGGACAAGCAGCUGGAGUGUAGAGUCCUCAACACCAGCCGUGUAUGAUGUGUGACCUAGAAAGGAAUUACUAAUUUUUGCUGGGGUCAAGCAUGAAUCGCCAAUGAAAAAAAUCUAGGAGUUUCAUCUGUACCCAGUAGCUAUUUGUCACGUAUGAUGCUGCACAUUAAAUUGUUUAUUGACCCAUCUUUCUUCCUUUUCUUCUUAAGUAGAGUUCGAGACCCAAGCCCUGAUGAACUACUUCAGUA